AUAGGGCACAUGUAUGAUAGGGCACUUCUGCUGCUCUCUGAGCCAUUUAAAUUUUAAAGGUCCUCUGGAGAGUCAGCUGUAGGUCUGUGAGUGUAUGUGCAUGAAGAGGGACAGCUCUCCAAUCUCUGCCAUAUCUCCAAAUUUAAUGGCUUAGGAAACUCACAAGUGGAAAUUCUCAUGAGUGUUCUUUAACUUUGUUAUUCUCAGGGUGCUUUAUAUCAGGAAAAAUGGGAGGCUUUAUUGCUAAGAUGUUGCUGCCUACCAUCAGCAGUUUGGUGUUUCUUCCUGCAGCCAGCAUUGCUGCAAAAAGAGGCUUCCACAUGGAGGCCAUGGUCUACUUCUUUACAAUGUUCUUCACAUCGAUUUAUCAUGCUUGUGAUGGACCAGGCCUGUCUGUUCUGUGCUUCAUGAAAUAUGAGAUUUUGGAGUACUUCAGUGUUUAUGGUACAUCAGUCUCUAUCUGGGUUACAUUAUUAGCUCUAGGAGAUUUCGAAGAGCCUAAGCGUUCAACGCUCACCAUGUUUGGAGUGCUUACCUCUGCUGUGAGGAUAUACCAGGACCGCUGGGGCUACGGGAUCUACUCUGGCCCCAUUGGCACAGCUGUGCUCAUGAUCACGGUGAAAUGGUUACAAAAAAUGAAAGAAAAAAAGGGCCUGUACCCAGACAAAAGUGUGUAUACUCAGCAAGUGGGACCAGGAUGCUGCUUUGGAGCCCUGGCUUUGAUGCUUCGCUUCUAUUUUGAGGAGUGGGACUAUGCUUAUGUGCACAGUUUUUACCACCUGUCACUGGCUGUUUCCAUCGUACUUCUGCUUCCGAAGAAGAACCGCUAUGCAGGGACGGGACGCAAUGCAGCCAAACUCAACUGCUACACACUCUGCUGCUGUGUAUGAUUUAUGCUGAAACUCAUUUCUUUUAGCGGUAGUGCUAGAAAGCAUAGUUUUAUUUAAAUAGUGGUGCACAAAAUAUUUAUUUACUGAGCAUUAACUGUUGAAUCCUAAACUGUUUUUUUUUUUUUUUUUUGACUGGUCUGAUCAUAGACAUCGCAAUCACCAGUAAAAGCGAAUGCUCGUACUAUUUGGACGACACCCCAAAAGCCCUGGAAGCGGGUAUGCAGACCUGGCCUUCCAUUUCACCACUCCCAGCCACGCACAAUGUAACAUGAAAAGAUGUCUGCUACCAGCAAUCCAACAGUGAGGACAGUUAUAUGACCUUCAGGCAAGCCAAGAAUGUGUGGGGCGACAUACUCACGUACCACAACACAGACUUUAAUGUUGAAAUGAUGCCCUUGUAAAGUUUAGAGCAAAAGGCUACUAAAGGCUUUGCCUCCAAAUUUGUAGACAUAUGAAGCGGUCGUAUAAAAACAGAUAGUCAUAGGGUUACUAAGACGGCUGACGUCCAGCUGGAAAGUUUACGAGUCGCGAAACAUAGCAGACAUUUUAUUUCUCCAGAAUGAAUAAAUUGUCUUUUAAGAUGUACCUCAGGAGAGAUUUCUUGUCUACAUUUCUCUAAGAGAAAUGGCCAUUAAAUGCAGUUAAAAAUGCUGAAAAAUAGCAGAACCAAAAAAACAACCAAAUCUUAUUCUUCAUAUUUAUUGCCAUGUCAUUUGGUACAUCAGCCAUUUGAACACAGCUGAUAUAAACUGAAAUGUUCCAGGAACAAGAAGCAAACAAUCAUGCAGAUGUGUCUUGCAGCAGGUGGAAAGUAGUGUGUUUAUUCCAGUCUACCGAGAGCAUUUUUGAGAGCCUUUUUUAAUGUAUUAUGUAGUAUGUCAAGGACUGUGUAAAUAUAUUUAUUUUUUGUAAUGCCACUACUAGUUCAAGGCUGCAAUUUCAUGAUACAUUUAUAUAUAUAUAUAUACAUUUAUAUAUUUUUUUUUUUACUAAAAAUGGUCAGUUGCAUUGUGAAUGUUUAUUUUUAAUUAAAAUGUUUUCCAUAGCUUAUAUUUUGUUUUAUUUACAAGAUGCUCAAGACAGUUAAUCUACAUAAUCCUCAAAGGUACGGGCAAAUAAAAACCCGAGUAGUAAUCCCCUUCACUUUUCGUCAUCUGUCAAAUUUCCAUCCAUUUAUGCUUGAUCCAUCAGCCUACUCCUAACACUAUCCAAAAAUUACAAACGCACGCGACAUGUUUUAGACAAAACAGUCUCCUGCCAAAUGUGAAUGAAAUUUAGGUCCGUAAAGCAUUUUUUGACUGUGGGCCAGGCCACUGGCUCAUGUGCCCAAAGAAAGGUGUUUUUGUCUGGGGAAAAGCUGCCAGC